UGUCACAGCACUGCAUCAAUAUUGAUUUUCAGUCAUGUGAUCAGCUGUGUCCAAUCACAGCUGAUCACAUAGCACUGAUGAUCAGUGUGCCCUGAUGAUCAGUGUGGCCCCAGAAGUGCCACCUGCCAGUGCCCAUCAGUGCCACAUCAAUGCCACAUAUCAGUGCCUACCCGUGCACAUCAGUGCCCAUCUGAGCUGCCUUUCAGUGUCACCUAUCAGUGCCAGUCAGUGCCGCCUAUCAGUGCCCAUCAGUGCCACCUAUCAGUGCACAUCAGUGCCACCUAACAGUGCCAGUCAGUGCUGCCUAUCAGUGCCAUAUAUCAGUGCUGCCUUUCAGUGCCCAUCAGUGAUGCCUGUCAAUGCCCAUCAGUGCCACCUACCAGUGCCUCCUCAUCAGUGCCCAUCAGUGCCACCUAUCAGUGUCCAUCAGUGCAUCUUAUCA